AUUACAUUUAGAUGCGUCCUUCCUUGUAUAAGAAGAAUCUGUGAGAGCUAAGUCUGAUUAUGUUAAAGAAUAUUUUGAGGGAAGUGAUAGUUGGUUGCGCCCUUCCUUCUUUUCUUUGCCGUGAUCGUCACUUUCUCUGUGUGUGGUUUCUCUUGUCUGCUGCUCUGGAAAUGAUGAACGCUGACGAGACAAAGAACGUGGAGAGCGACUACAUCAAGAUGCACCACAUGCACGGUGAGCUUUUGGAGAGUCAGUGUAGCUCGACGCUCGUUAAGCACAUCAAAGCUCCUCUUCAUCUCGUGUGGUCACUUGUGAGAAGAUUCGAUCAACCACAAAAAUACAAACCGUUUAUUAGUGGGUGUGUGGUCAAAGACAAGAAGCUGGAGAUUGGUUCAGUAAGAGAAGUAGAUGUGAGAUCUGGACUACCCGCUACUAAAAGCACCGAGAUAUUAGAGUUUCUCGACGACAACCAACAUGUCCUCAGCAUCAGAAUCGUCGGUGGCGAUCACAGACUCAAGAACUAUUCUUCAGUCAUUUCGUUACAUCCGGAGACCAUAGAAGCAAAAGCAGGGACAUUGGUCAUAGAGUCGUUUGUGGUGGACGUGCCUGAGGGUAACACAAAGGAAGAAACUUGCUUCUUCGUGGAGGCUCUGAUUCAAUGCAAUCUCAAAUCUUUAGCAUAUGUUUCUGAGAGUCUUGAAGCAGAAUCUAUAGCCCAAAUGGUAUGAUGACGACUCUAAGAAUAAUCUUUCAAAGGCAAAUAGUAUGGAGAAGCUUCCCAAAUGGGAAGGAGUCAUUUUCAUAUUCAAGAAGAUGAUCAAUUCGUUCUUUUACGUAUAGUGAUGUCAUUUAGUCUAUGCUUUUCUCUGUUUUCUGAAUUUCCGUUAAUUUUAUAAUUUGGAAUAAUUAAUUAUUUCUGGAAUUCUGCAAAAUGCCAUUUGAUCAUCUUUUCAUAAUAAAAUGUAGAUACAUAAUGUUUUAUGUUUCAUGACAAAUACAAUAAAAAUUAGAUACUUCAUGAAGAUAUUUUUAAAAAAAAUUCAUUUGGUACUUUUUAGUGUUUUCUUGUAAAUUUAAACAAUUUACAUAGUGACAAAAUAAAAUCUUCAACUUAGAUCGUUUUGUCGACCAUAGUCAAAAGUAUAUUAGCUAUUUUGAGUAAAGAAGAUCAACUGACAGGAGGAGGCAAUGGACAAUGGACAUUUCAAAAGUAUAUUUUGUCGUUUCCCUCUUCAUUUGUUGCUGUUGUAAUUUCUAUAAACCAAUGGACAUUUUUGACCAAAAAAAAACCAAUGGACAUUUUGUUGGAAGUCAAUUAUGGAUUUAUGGUAAUGGAGCUUUGUGGGGUUACCAUUUUGUUGUUUAAAUUUGUAGACAGCAUUGUUCUAAAAUACGCUAUUCGCUCUCUUUGCGGUGACGUAGUGCCUAACGCCUAACUGCUUAACUGUAUACUCGGACGCCUGAACGGACCUAUGCAGAUAUAUACUUUAAUAUAUAAUAUUAUAUUUAGUUAUAUAAUAUUACUAUUUAUCUAUAUAAAUAUACUUAUAAGUUAUAACUAGUAUCGUAAUCAAAUAUUAUGUACACUAAAAUAAUAUAAGAGUUUUGAAUAAAUAUAUAUGCUAGAAAUGCAAACACAAAAUUAAUAAUAUUUUAGAAUUUUAGAAUAAAAAUAGUUCUUUUAUAGAAUCAAUAUAGUUAAAAUAGUUAUAAUAGUUAUAAUGUGAAUAAAUAUAAAUAAAAUAAAACAAUUUCUAAUUUUAAAAAUUUAAAGAAAUAAAGCAAAUCAAAAUGAGAGCAAAAGACUAGGUUUUUUUUUAUGGCUACAGAACCAGAGAAAACUAUGAACUGGCUGUGAAUUAUGAGUUAGGACUUUCUGUUUUAUUUUAAAACUUUCGUUACAGUUUUAGUGUAUAUGAUAAACUUCAUAACUUUAAUAAGUAAACAUAAGCGCAUACAGUUCCAAAAUAACAGAGGCACAUAUACAGUGACAAUAUGCGGAGUACGCGGACUAUGCGGCCGAAUAUACACCCAGACUUUAACAAACAGCAUAACAUGCCGCACAUGAUGUUUUCGGUACGUUAAGUAGCCGCGUAAGUGUAUACGGGCAUAUUUUAGAACAUUGGUAGAGAGUUUUGACUGGUUGAAGUAUGCCCAAGAUCAGUUUAAUAUUGUUAGUGGGCUCAAUAUUAUUAAGGGCCUUUGGACAAAAAAAAUAUCUUAGGACCCUAUAAUUAAUUAGUAUUGUAUCUAAGAACUUUUUGACUAAAACAUUAAAACCUGCACACAUUUAUGUUUGUAUAUUUUAACUAGAGAAGUAGAAAUGUGUGUUUUUAUUCUAUCCAAAUCUUGAUCAAAUAUGCAAAUCUUUGGAAUCAAGAUCUCUAAUAUUACUAGCAAUGUUCCAAAAUACGCCAUGUGAGGAUGCCUAUACGGUGCGUAUACAAUAUGCGGCUACUUAACGUACCGAAAACAUGCGGCAUGUUAUGCUGUUUGUUAAAGUUCGGGUGUAUAUUCGGCCGCAUAGUCCGCGUACUCCGCAUAUUGUCACUGUAUAUGCGCCUCUGUGUUUUUUUGGAACUGUAUGCGCUUAUGUUUACUUAUUAAAGUUAUGAAAUUUAUCAUAUACACUAAAACUGUAACUAAAAUUUUAAAAUAAAAUAGAAAACCCUAACUCAUAAUUCAUGGUUUACUUAUUAAAGUUAUGAAAUUUAUCAUAUACACUAAAACUGUAACUUAAGUUUUAAAAUAAAAUAGAAAACCCUAACUCAUAAUUCACGGUCAGUUCAUAGUUUUUUCUGGUUCUCUAGCCACAAAAAAACCUAGUCUUUUGCUCUCACUUUGAUUUGCUUUAUUUCUUUAAAUUUUUAAAAUUAGAAAUUGUUUUAUUUUAUUUAUAUUUAUUCACAUUAUAACUAUUUUAACUAUAUUGAUUCUAUAAAAGAACUAUUUUUAUUCUAAAAUUCUAAAAUAUUAUUAAUUUUGUGCUUGCAUUUCUAGCAUAUAUAUUAUUCAAAACUCUUAUAUUAUUUUAGUAUACAUAAUAUUUGAUUAUAAUACUAGUUAUAACUUAUAAGUAUAUUUAUAUAGAUAAAUAGUAAUAUUAUAUAACUAAAUAUAAUAUUAUACAUUAAAGUAUAUAUCUGCAUAGGUCUGUUUAGACGUCCGCGUAUACAGUUUGGUGUUAGGCACUACGUCACCACAUAAAGACCGAAUAGCGUAUUUUAGAACAAUGAUUACUAGAGUUAGAGCAGGCUCAUACACUGACUGCCUUCCCUAUUAAACCACCUCUGAAGUAUAACCUUUGUUUUUUUCCUCUUGUUUUUAUUGUUAGCGUUAUUUCAUUCAAUUUGAUCGUUAUUUCAACGUUCAUUUUCAUAAGAAAAUAGCUAAACAAGAAACUAGGAAAUUAUUCUUAGAAAGAAAAAUUCUUCAUAUUUCACUCAAUAUGGUUUCUAGAUACAAUAUAUAGUAAUUGAAAUAGUGACCUUGUUCAGUUUUCUGACCAACUUUUUCUUACUAAUUAAUAAUAGUUAGUAAUGUGAUUAAAUGAAAUGAUAAUGAUAUCAGUGCAUCACUACUUCAAAUAUUUUCAUUUUUCGCUUUUGUUAAUACUUACACGUUUAGCACAAUAGCACUACUCAUGAAAUGAUAUCUGCAAAUCGCCCUCUUAUCAGAAGUUUUACAAAAUGUGAUUAGUGGAGACAUGAGAUGCCUAUGGAGGUAAACUGGAAGAGUCUGUAAAAAAUGUAGACAUUUAAUUUUAUUUCUACAACCUUCUUUUGAAAUUAUCAUGCUUUAGCUUAAAAUUGAAUCUAAAACCAAAACAUUAUAAAAAAAAAUAUUUUUAGGAUUCAAUUUUUCUAGAGUUUUUAUUCAGUGUUUUAGAAAAAUCUACAGAAAUACAAAUUCAAAACCACCACUAAAAAUCUAAAGCAUAAAUUUUAAAACAAGAAAUAUAGAGCCACAGCUCCAACCAGUCAAACUUUAUAACAGUAAAUGUGGUUACUGGGAUUAUGUAGUCUAUAGCCUAUUGUUCUCUAUAUAUUCUAAUAGUGAUCAUUAAUCAAGAAUCAAUCUGAGAUGAGAAAUGGAAUCUCUAGUUGCUUGUUCGGUUAUUUUCAAAAUAGUUUAGAGUUUUUAGUUGGAUGGAUCACAUGGGCACGAAGCAGAUAUCCGAAAAAUUUGUAGCAUCCGUGAUCCGUUUUAUCCCAUACAAAUAUCUAUAUUUCUGAUUUGAUUUGAUCCAGAUUUUUUAAAUAUUCGCGGAUUAUUCUAUUCGUUCCGCCAAUUAUAUUAAAAAUGAAAAAAAUAUAACAUUAAAAUUAAAUAAAAUAUUUUAAAAUAUCAAUUUAAAUUUAAAUAAUAAUAUCAUACUAAUAAACUAACACAAAUUUUAACAUAAAUUAUAAAGCAAAAUCUAUAUUAACAAGCUUAAUAAGAAAACUCAUAUGUUACAUUUGACUUAGUAUAAAAAU